UGUGCGAUGGACGAUGUGUGAUGGGGCUAUAUCCUGAGUCACAAUCUAUAGCCAAGUGGGCGGUCGAAGCUACCCCGCGAUAGAUGCAGUCUAGCGAUAAGAGCCCUGAGCAAAUAGCCACUACUCACUUUAAUGUCAGUAGGAUUUUCCUAUGCGAUCUUACUACCUGUCUAGACUAGGUAGACAACAAUGUCCACUCAUCAGGGACCGAUCCCUGUGUCGGACUCAACCCUGCCCUUCUGGCGGACGUCACCCCAUGGACUAGACAAACACCGCUCCACGCCAGAUCUUCCCACAGAGUGCGACAUCCUCAUCGUUGGAGCCGGGUUCUCAGGAGCUUCCUUGGCUUAUCACAUCUACGAUGGCAACCCAUCUCCGCCAUCUGUGCUGAUUCUGGAGGCACGUGAAGCAUGUUCUGGAGCAACAGGUCGGAAUGGAGGACAUAUAAAACCAGACAUAUUCUACAGUAUUCCGAAAAACUCCAAGAGAUACGGACCAAAAGCAGCAUCCCAGCUAGCUCGGUUCGAAGCAUCCCAGUUGACCGCGAUCAAGAAUCUGGUACAAAAAGAACAGAUAGAUUGCGAUUUCGUCCUGACCAGAACAUGCGAUGCUAUCAUAGAUCCAAGCGUGGCUAAGGAUGCAGAAAAGGCGUUCCACGACUUAAUACAAGAGGGUACAGCCGACUUGGACGAUGUUCAGUUUAUAUCGGGGAAGUAUGCUGAGAGGAUCUCAGGGGUAAAGGGAGCUGUGGCUUGUUUUACCUUCACAGCAGGCCACCUCUGGCCGUAUAAACUGGUAAUGCAUUUACUGAACUCCGUCAUCAAGAGGGGAGCCAACUUACAGACCAUGACUCCUGUGAUUGAAGUAUCUGAUCGUCCGCUCCCUGGCGGCCGAUGGCUCGUAAAGACAGAGAGAGGAAAUGUAAAAGCAAGGAAAGUGAUAUUUGCGACUAACGCAUAUACGUCGCGACUGGCGCCGGAGUUCAGCAAUAAGAUCAUCCCAGUGAGAGGUAACUGCAGCCGGAUAGUGGUUCCAGAAGGGAAAUCUAUUCCUUACCUCCCAUUCACCUACUGCAUUCGGUACACACCCUCGCUCUAUGACUACUUGAUUCCACGGCCAGAUGGAAGCAUCGUAGUCGGUGGCGGUCGAUUUAGCUUCUGGCGCGAUAUACCACAAUGGUACAACGUGGCGGAUGACAGCAAACUUAUCGAAUCCGGGAAAGAUUACUUCAACGGCCUUAUGCAAAGGACAUUUGUCGGCUGGGAAGACAGCGAUGCAUAUACGGAUAAAGUGUGGUCAGGCAUUAUGGGAGAAAGUUCCGAUCUGAUGCCCUAUGUCGGUCAUGUGCCUGGCAAGGAAGGACAGGCCAUAUUGGCUGGUUUCUCUGGGCACGGGAUGCCUGUGAUCUUCCUUGCGGCGAAAGGACUGGUGCAGAUGCUUUGUGAUGGGAAGUCAUUCGAGGAGACGGGACUUCCUCCGAUGUUCGAGGUUACGGAAGAACGCAUGGAAAGCGAGAAAAAUGAGAUCUUGGAUGAUCUCCCAACUCCGUCGACAUGAUUGUAGCCAGUGUUCAAGCAGAUCUGCCUUUAUAUGUUGAUAUUGUAGGAAUUUCAAUGCGAACGCUCUAACCUUGUUGACUCGUGCCGCAAUCCCCAAACCCUAAAGAAAGCUUUGCCUCCUCCUCCUGACGUAAGUAAUACUCAUUAUGGCGAAUCC